UCAGGACUGGAAGGGCAGCAUGAGAAGUUAGAUGUUUUCCUGGAGGGGAUGAGAGCAAAGGGAUGGGAACAAGGAGGUUAUGUGACUCAGGUCUUAGAAGGCUCUCUCUGGCUGCACAGUGGAGAACAGAUUUUGCGGAGUGAGGGAGGAGGCAGGAAGACCAGGGAUGAGGCUACUUCAAUAGUCCAGGGCCGUAUAACCUUUGAGGAUGUGGCCGUGCAUUUCUCCUGGGAGGAAUGGGCUCUCCUUGAUGAGACUCAGAAAAUCUUAUACUGUGAUGUGAUGCUGGAGAACUUUACACUUAUGGCCUCUCUAGGUUAUUGGCAUGGAAUGGAAGAUGAGGAGACACCUUCUGAUCCGAGUGUUUCUGUGGGAGGAAUGUCACAGCUAUCGAUGACCUUCAAGUACUUGGCCAUGACCUUCACUUGGGAGGAGUGGGGGCAAUUGGAUCUGGCACAGAGGACCCUGUAUCAGGAAGUAAUGCUGGAGACCUGCAGGCUUCUGGUCUCACUGGGGUACUCUGUUCCCAAACCAGAACCAAUCGACCUGCUGGAGGAUGAGAAAAAUCUAUGCACGGUGAAGAGAGGCCUCUCCUAAACCUCCUGUCUAGAUGCACCUCUCUCUUCGAUCCUCAUUUCUUCUAUCAUCGCAGAUCUUUUACCUGGGAUCACUUUUCAUCAUCAUUAAACAGAAACUCCUUAAAUAAGAAUUUUGGUUUUGCA